AUGAAGCUUCUCUCCACCACCGCGUUGGCCAUCGGCGCCAUCGGCCUUCCCGGAGCCGCCGCCUGGGGCAGUCUCGGACACAUGACGACGGCGUACCUCGCCAGUCGCAUCGUCUCCAACACCACCGAGGCCUUCUUCCAGGAGCUGCUCGGGAGCGACGCCCCCGACUACCUCGCGACCGUCGCGCCCUGGGCCGACUCUAUCCGCUACACCGACUGGGGUCGCUUCUCGAAGAACUUCCACUUCAUCGACGCCCACGAUGCGCCCCCGACCGACUGCAGCGUCGAGUAUGAGCGCGACUGCAAGGAUGGCGGCUGCGUCAUCAACGCGCUCGCCAACUACACCAAGCAGUCGCUAGACUCGGAGCUGCCCACGUGGCAGCGCGAGCAGGCCGCCAAGUUCGUUGUCCACUUCAUCGGUGACAUGCACCAGCCGCUGCACAACGAGAACACCGCUCUCGGCGGCAACCGUAUCUUCGUGCACUUCGACGGCCACCGGUUCAACCUGCAUCAUGUGUGGGACAGCUCUAUCAUGGAGAAGUUCCUCGGGGGCUUGCACGGCGAGCCCAUGGCCAUCGCCGAGAGGUGGUCCGAUGAGCUUGCCACUGCCAUUAGCGAGGGCAAGUUUGCGGCUGAGAAGGAUUCAUGGUUGAAGGACGUGGAUUUGGAUGAUGCUAUCAACACUGCUCUUGCGUGGUCAAGAGAGACUAACGCCCUUGUGUGCAAGUAUGUGCUUCCCGAAGGUGCGCAUGCCAUCGAGGGCAAGGAGCUUGGAGGCGAGUACUAUGAGAAUGCCGGUCCCGUGAUUGAGAAGCAGAUUGCCCGUGCAGGGUAUAGAAUGGCCGCUUGGUUGGACCGCAUCGUCGACGCCUACCAAGCCGAGAACACGAUUUCCGAAGAGUUGUAA